GGAGGGAGGCGGGAAGAGCGCGGCACUUCCGCCAGCCGCUCGCUCUCCGGCCGCUCCUGGAGGCGGCAGCGGGAGCGGAGGGCGCGCGAGGCCCGGGGACCCGCAUCCCCCGGCCCCCUCCGCCCCACGCGGCCCGGACCAUGGACGCCAGGUGGUGGGCAGUGGUGCUGCUGGCUGCGCUCCCCUCACUGGGGGCAGGUGGGGAGACCGCCGAAGCCCCUCCGGAGUCAUGGACCCAGCUGUGGUUCUUCCGCUUUUUGGUGAAUGCUGCUGGCUAUGCCAGCUUUAUGGUACCUGGCUACCUGCUGGUGCAGUACUUCAGGCGGAAGAACUACCUGGAGACAGGCAGGGGUCUUUGCUUCCCUCUGGUGAAGACUUGCGUGUUUGGCAGUGAGCCCAAGGUCUCCGACGAGGUUCCUCUGGCUCCGCGGACAGAGCCGGCAGAGACCACCGCCACUUGGCAGGCCCUGAAGCUGCUCUUCUGUGCCGCUGGGCUUCAGGCAUCUUAUCUGACUUGGGGAGUGCUGCAGGAAAGAGUGAUGACCCGCAGCUAUGGGGCCACAGCCACCUCGCCAGGUGAGCGCUUCACAGACUCACAGUUCCUGGUGCUAAUGAACCGAGUGCUGGCGCUGAUCGUGGCUGGCCUCUCCUGCAUCCUCUGCAAGCAGCCCCGGCAUGGGGCACCCAUGUACCGGUACUCUUUUGCCAGUUUGUCAAAUGUGCUUAGCAGCUGGUGCCAGUAUGAAGCUCUCAAGUUCGUCAGCUUCCCCACCCAGGUGCUGGCCAAGGCCUCUAAGGUGAUCCCUGUUAUGCUGAUGGGAAAGUUGGUGUCUCGACGCAGCUAUGAACACUGGGAAUACCUGACAGCCGGCCUCAUCUCCAUUGGGGUCAGCAUGUUUCUGCUGUCCAGUGGACCAGAGCCCCGCAGCUCCCCAGCCACCACGCUCUCAGGCCUCAUCCUGUUGGCAGGCUACAUUGCCUUUGACAGCUUCACCUCAAACUGGCAGGAUGCCUUGUUUGCCUAUAAGAUGUCAUCAGUGCAGAUGAUGUUUGGGGUCAACUUCUUCUCCUGCCUUUUCACAGUGGGCUCCCUGCUAGAGCAGGGGGCCCUCCUGGAGGCAACUCGCUUCAUGGGGCGGCACAGUGAAUUCGCUGCACAUGCCCUGCUGCUCUCAAUUUGCUCAGCGUGUGGCCAGCUCUUCAUCUUCUACACUAUUGGACAGUUCGGGGCUGCUGUCUUCACCAUCAUCAUGACCCUCCGCCAGGCCUUUGCCAUCCUACUCUCCUGUCUCCUCUAUGGCCACACUGUCACUGUGGUGGGGGGACUGGGGGUGGCUGUCGUCUUUGCUGCCCUCCUACUCCGAGUCUAUGCCCGGGGCCGCCUAAAGCAGCGGGGAAAGAAAGCUGUGCCUGUGGAGUCCCCAGUGCAGAAGGUUUGAGAGAUCUGAAGGGUGGAGCGACGUAGGACCCUCUCACCAUACCAGUUUUCCUCUCCUACUGCUCAAGGGCAGAGAGCAGGUUUUUUCUCACUAUCACAAGGCUUGUUCUGUAGUUGGAGGUGGGGAGCCCAGAGACAACCUUCCCCUUUCGCCUGAAGUUACCCAUCUCUGGUAGGCACGAUUCUAGUGUAGGGGGCUGUCGAGGCCGCCAACACCUCACCUGUCUGUCCCCUACCGUGAAUGAAAUCGCCACCCUUUGACUCCCUGAGACCUGCAUUUCUUACUCUGGUGAGAAAAGCACAAUUGUAGGCUCCAGAUGCUUUCCCAGGAGAGUUGAAUGGAAGAUGGUGCUGUCUGGGGGAGCCGAGGGGAGAGCCCUGCCCAAUGGCACCAACCCCUAUACUCCUGGAUCCCCAGGCUCUGCUCCAAGAGUCAGUUGGAGGUUUUGGUACUUCAGAAAUGUAACUUUUUCCUCAUAAUUUUAUUUUAUUAAAUUAAAUUGCUGCAACGGG